AUGAAAGAUAUAGCAUCAGUGUCCAGCAAGAGACCAAUUAAUUGCUAUUUGGAUGGCUCCUAUUGCAGGUACAAUGAAGCAAUCUUCAGUAGCGAUGGAAAGGAGACAAUGCAGCUCUUGAAUGACCGCUUGGCUUCCUACCUGGAGAAAGUGAAAUCCCUGGAGAAGGAGAAUACUGACCUGGAACGCAAAAUAAGAGAGUGGCAAGAAUGUCAAACCCCUCUUGUGUGCACAGAUUUCAGCUCCUGCUACAGCACCACUGAAGAGCUCCAGCAACAGAUCUGCAGUGCCAGGGCUGAGAAUGCCAGAUUACGUCUAGAUAUUGACAUUGUUAAAGUGGCUUCUGAUGACUUUUCUUUCAAGUAUGAAUACGAAUGUGGGCUUUGCCAGAGUGCUGAGGCAGACAUCAGUAGUCUGCAUAGAUUUCUGGAUGACCUGACCCUAUGCAAGACUGAUCUGGAGACAGAGCUUGAGUCCCUAACAGAGGAGCUCCUCUGCCUCAGGAAGAACCAUGAGGAAGAAGCUAGUCCACUUCGACAUCAGCUUGGUGACUGUAUUAAUGUAGAGUUGGAUACAGCUCCAUCAUGUGACCUGAACAAGGUCCUGGAGGAGAUAAGAUGCCAGUACGAAACCUUAAUUGAAAAAAACCAGUGUGAAGUUGAGGACUGGUACCACACUCAGAUGGAGGAACUAAAUAAGGAAGUGAUCUCUGAUGAAGAACAGCUGCAAGGCUGCCAAAAUGAGAUCAUUCAGCUAAAACACACUGUUCAGGCUCUGGAGAUCGACCUGCAGACCCAGCACAGCCUGAAUACUGCUCUGGAAAGCACCUUGACAGAUACUGAAGCCCGCUAUAGCCACCAGCUGUCAGAGCUCCAGUGUCUGAUUAGCAACAUGGAGGCACAGCUUGCAGAACUUCGGUCUAACAUACAACACCAAAACAGUGAGUACAAGGUCCUCUUGGAUGUGAAGAGCCAGCUGGAUUGUGAGAUUAGUGCUUACCGUAGGCUACUGGAUGAAGAGGACUGCAAGGCAUAUCACACAAGUGAUACACAGACACAAAUCUGCUGAUAGCUGCCCAGCUGUCUCUGGUUUGUAAUCCAGACUGUGCAAACUCCAUCUGGUAAACCACUCUGUGCACCAAAGCCAAUGUUCAUGACCUGCUUGUUCCUCUAGCUAUAGAGCCAUUGUUCCAGAAAAAGAAUUGAACUUGGCUCUACUCUGCUGCAAGUCCCAUGCUGCCUGUUGUAUCAGCAACCCAUGUCUCCAGAAGUAUUUUCCCACUUUACAAAUCUCCAGCAUCCGCAGCAAACUUAUCCAAGGCAUCAAAGCA